GUACUUUUUUACUUUUUGUGUUUGAAUUGACUUGAAAGCUUUGUAAAAUCAAGGAAGAUGUGAAUGUCAGUUCCUUACAUCAAAAUUAGCUGUCGUCGGUCCCCAAAUUUCUGCCUCACCACAAAAUUUUUGUAAUGAUUUCAGUGUUAAGGAAUGUUUGUAAACUAAAAAUACCAACAAGAUGUGUCAGAACCCCUCAUUCUCUUCGUCCGUUGCGAAGAAUGGAAAAGCCAGCACCUGGUUUUCCCAAAUACAGUGUAAAUUCAAGAAGUUUUAGAUCUCUUACAACUACAUCACCUCAAAAGAAUAGUUUUAACUUACCAACAGGUACAGUUAAUUCUAAUUUUAGGCGACAUUUUCCACAAAAGAUUAAGUUUGGACAUCCAAGAAGCGCAGCUAGCGCAGAAAAUAAUAAAAGAGAUGAUAUCAGCUACGAACAAUACCUACAUCUCCAAAAGGAGAAACAAGAAAAAAUGCACAAUUCUAAGCUAAAUAAGUUCUGUUCAUCUUCUCAAUAUAAAAACAAAUACCUCGAACGUACAAGUAGUAAGCAAAAAAGGAGACAUUUUACAUCUGAAGUAAAACGAGUUCCAUAUCCCAAAUUUCUGAUGCCCUUUCAGCCCAAACUUCAGCUCUACAUGACUAAGAGGAAUUACUCUACAAAUAGAAGCCUUAAGGGCGUUGCUGGUGACGAUGAUUGUUUCCAGUAUUUUCAAGAUAGGCCGAUUAAAAAACCUAGUUUACAAGUACCUAGGGAACAAUUCGCUACACCAGUUACGCCAGACUUUAGAAAUCAUAGAACUGGUUUACCUACUAAUGCUCAGUAUGGAUAUAAUAUGCCUCAAAAGGAUAACAUUACAGCCGAUCACAAAGAAUCUCAAGGAAUAACUGAAAAUGAAUCCAAUAUUCCUCAAGUUGCAGAUACCAGCGGAACUAAUACCCAACAUAUUUCUAAAAGUCAAUUACCAUCGGUGGAAGUAUGGACAACGCAAAGACCAGAUUCUAUAUUUGAAGGUAAAACUACAAGAAAUACAUCAGGAAUUAUAAACAACCUGGAAGUUGAGAUAAACAAAAAGAUGGAAAUCCUUUCUUUAAAAAAAUCAGAUAAAGAAAAUCAAUUGUCUACUGCUCUAAGACAAAAGAAAGGCCCUAUUAUAAUUCAGGUAGUCAAAAAACAGACAGCUCUUAAACAAACGCCAAACGAAAAAUCUGGCUACACAUUGAAUAUGGUAUCAAGUUAUCAAAACACUCCUAAUUCAAAAUCUUUAAAAGGACAACGAAAGUCAAAAAAGUCGAAGAAACGACCAUCACAGAAUAAGAAAUCUACUAGUGUGAUUCAAGAAAAAACGAAUAAUAACUCGAAUAAUAACCCGAAGACUAUUACAAGAACAAGUGUCCUGGAAAACUGCCGAGGCAUUUUUAAUACUUUAUAUAGAAAAAUCAAAGGUCCUCAGAAAAGAAAUGCUGGAUCGUUUCAUUUGGAACCGCCGAACAUGAUUUUUAAAGAUACAGUUUAUCCUAAAACUCCUCUAUCCCAAAGAAAUCCCAAAAGUAAAGUCAGCAUAUUAUUGAAAGAUAAAUAUCCAUGGAACAGCGCUCAACUAGACGAAACUUUUUUGUUGCCGAAAGAUCAUCGUGAAACAGCCAAAAGGAUGUUUUCUGCAAAGACGAAGAAAAACCCGUAUUAUCCAAAAGAUUUCAGCUACUCUACCAACUCUUCGAGCAAAGAUAAAUCCACAUCUAAUAAAGUAAAAUAUCCAUGGAACCUAGCCACGGAUCAAAUAGAAAGCCAUAAGUCGUCCCGAAUAGUUUAUUGCAAUCCUAACAAUAUUAGUGCAACGGAACCAGAUCUACCUAAAAUGGAUUAUAUAGAGCAAAAAAGUCCUUUGGUUGUCUGUAGAGCUUUAGAAAAUGCGUCUUAUAGAAAGGAUAAUAAUUAUCACAAAAACACAUCAAAUAAAAAACCAGAAAUACCAUCUCUUCCAUUUAGUGCUUGUACCAAUAACGUCAUAAUUGACAAAGAUAUUCCAAAUCCUCCAGCAAGCACCUGCAAAAGUAAUUUCACAAAAAAUUUGUGCGUGCAAUUGCCAACAUCGCAGUGUUGCGUGAAGAAUACUAUUAAACAACAAAAUUUGGAAAACGGAGAAACUGCCAAAAUAAAAAUACCAGAUCCCCCAUUAAGUACUUGUACCAAAAAUGUUACCCAGACUAAUCAGAGCGUUCAUGAAAAUAACAUUAUGAACCUUCUAGACGACUGCAAAAAUCUUUGUAAAAGUACUUGCACGAAAAAUGCUUUUGUCCAAAUCCAGCAAGACUCCGAUAAAAAGGAUAUUCAAAAUGUAUUGAACACUUGCAAAAGUAUUCCCAAAACCACUGGAAUGAAGGAACCAACUAUUAAAAUAGAAAUACCAGAUCCUCCAUCAAGUACUUGUACCAAAAGUGUCGUUAGUCAGAUAAAACAAGAAUCCGAUAAAAAAGAUAUGCUAAGUAUAUUAGACGCAUGUAAAACUGUGACCAAAAGCACUGGAAUAAAAGAACCCACUAUUAAAUUAGAAAUACCAGAUCCCCCAUCAAGUACUUGUACCAAAACUGUCGUGAGCCAGAUAAAUGAUACAUGUAAAAGUAUUCCCAAAACGUCUGGAAUAGAAGAGCUGGCUAUUAAAAUAGAAAUACCAGAUCCUCCAUCAAGUAUUUGCACCAAAAGUGUCGUUGGUCAAAAAGAACCAACUGCUAAAUUAGAAAUACCAGAUCCCCCGUCAAGUACUUGUACCAAAAAUGUCGUGAGCCAGAUAAAUGAGACAUGUAAAAGUAUUACCAAAACGUCUCCAAUAGAAGAGCUUGCUAGUAAAAUAGAAAUACCAGAUCCUCCAUCGAGUACUUGCACCAAAAAUGUCGUCGGUCAAAAAGAACCAACUGUUAAAUUAGAAAUACCAGAUCCCCCAUCAAGUACUUGUACCAAAAGUGUCGUGAGCCAGAUAAAUGAUACAUGUAAUAAAAGUAUUCCCAAAACUUCUGGAAUAGAAGAGCUUGCUAGCAAAAUAGAAAUACCAGAUCCUCCAUCAAGUACUUGCACCAAAAGUGUCGUUGGUCAAAAAGAAUCAACUGCUAAAUUAGAAAUACCAGAUCCCCCGUCAAGUACUUGUACCAAAAAUGUCGUGAGCCAGAUAAAUGAUACAUGUAAAAGUAUUACCAAAACGUCUGCAAUAGAAGAGCUUGCUAGUAAAAUAGAAAUACCAGAUCCUCCAUCGAGUACUUGCACCAAAAAUAUCGUUGGUCAAAAAGAACCAACUGCUAAAUUAGAAAUACCAGAUCUCCCAUCAAGUACUUGUACCAAAAAUGCCGUGAACCAGAUCAAUGAUACAUGUAAAAGUAUUCCCAAAACGUCUGGAAUAGAAGAGCUUGCUAGUAAAAUAGAAAUACCAGAUCCUCCAUCAAGCACUUGCACCAAAAAUGUCGUUGGUCCAAAAGAACCAAAUAUUAAAUUAGAAAUACCAGAUCCCCCAUCAAGUACUUGUGCCAAAAGUGCCGUGAGCCAGAUCAAUGAUUCAUGUAAAAGUAUUCCCAAAACGUCUGGAAUAGAAGAGCUUACUAGUACUUGCACCAAAAAUGACGUUGCUCAAAAAGAACCAACUGCUAAAAUAGAAAUACCAGAUCCUCCAUCAAGUACCUGUAGCAAAAGUGUUGUUGGCCAGGUAAAACAAAAUUUGAAUAAGACGGAUGUUCUAGAUGUACUGGACACAUGUAAAACUGCAACCGAAAGUACUGUAAGAAAGGAGACAUCUAUUAAAAUAGAAAUACCAGAUCCCCCAUCAAGUACUUGUACAAAAAGUGUUGUUGAUCAGGUAAAGCAAUAUUCUGAUAAGAAAGAUAUUGUAAACAAAAUAGACAAAUGCAAAACGGUUCCCUCAAACAAUGUAACGAAAGAGGCAUCUGAUAAAAUAGAAAUACCAGAUCCCCCAUCAAGCACAUGUAACAAAAGUGCCAGUAAUCGGCCGAAAAUUACAUGUACCAAUCAAUCAGACAUUGGUAUCGAAAAUGCGAAUGGUCCCUAUCGUUCCAAACAGCAACUUUGUAACGAGCCAAGAACUGAUGAAUAUUCAAGUGGUCCCUAUCGUUCCAUACAGCAAGUUUGUAAAAGAACUAGAAGUUCUUCAAAGGAACCUACAUUAGCUGGUUCAUCAAAUUCAAAUUCUUCUAAGAACUGUGAUAAGGCAAAGGUUAAACAGAAAACUAGUAAGGAACCAACAUGCAACAAUAAAGUGACAAAAAAAGAACAGAACCAAAAUAAGUCUACUGGAACAAAAAAGGAAGAAGUUAAAAAAUCUUCCAGCUGUAACGAAUUAAAAAAACCGCCAAAUUCUUCUACAUCUAAAACGAAAGUAUCAAACUAUGUGAAACCCAAAGACGUAUAUUGUAAUCCACGUCCUACUAUCCAGACUAAAGAGUUCAAAGAAACAAAAAAAAGUAGCUGCAGAGAAAAAUGUAUUGAAGAAAUAAAAAAGAAAAAACAAGAGAUAUCGAAAGAAUCAAAAUGUAAAAACCAAAAAGAGGAGAAAAAACAGGAAGUGGCUAAAAAUAGUAAUAAAUCAAAUAAGUGUGAAGACAAAAAUAAAAAAGUAGACAUACAGAAGGUGAAAGUACAAGACACAUGUGGAAUGGUCCUCAAAAAUUCAUCCAACGAAAAAAUUGAUAAAUGUAAUAAGAAAAAUGCUACAAAAUCAGAUACUAAAAAAAAAUUAAACCCUAACGAAAAAGCAGAAAACUUAACUACUAAUGCUACAAAUGCUUAUUGCAGCGAAAACCAGCAAUGUUUUCCUCAAACAAGAGUUCUCAAAGAGAAUCUGUGUGAUCUCUGUGCCUUCAAAAAAGCACACGUUUUACCAGGAACUGAAGAUUUUGAUCCUAAUAAGAAAGCCACAAAUUUAUUGUUAAAGUCAACAAGUACUCCUAGUGAUUGCGAUAAGCGAUAUCAUGAAAGUAAGUUUGAUACUAAACGAACUGACAGUAACGCUAAAAAACCUUCCCCAAAAUAUAGGAGUUGCGUCAACAUAAAAGCUAACCGUAACGAAAACACAAGUUCCAAAAGACAAGAAAAUACAUGUACAGAAUCCAAGAAAAAUAAUGCCGAAGCCAAACGUAGUGAGUCGGAAAAUUCUAUAAAAACCUGCACCAAUAAAGAUAUAUCCAAAGAAGACAUACGUAAAAGAGGAAUUUGUUCCGACAUAAAAAGACCUGAAAUGGGUCGCCCAGUGAAAUUGGUAAUGAAAGAAAAUAUAGGAGCCGAUUGUUCGUCUAAGAAGAAAAAGAUGGAGUCAAAGAAGGAAUGUCCAAAACCUAAACAAUUGGAGAAAUGUGAUCAGCUAGUCAAGGAGUUUCUUAAUAAAUCUAAAGGAGAAGGCGAUAAGAAAGUGAAUAUAAAAAAGGAUUGUUCAGAGCCUAAAAAGGAAAGUACAAAACCUAAAGAAUCAAAAAAAGGAAACUGUGAUCAAUUAAUCAAGGAUGCUCUUUGUAAAUCAAAAGUUGAGAAAAAAGCCCAAAAGAUCAUAAGAUCAACGAAAUCAAAAAGAGAUUGCUCACAACCUAAAACAGAAGAUCCAAAACUCAAAAAAACCGCUAAUUGUGAUGAGUUAGUAAAACAGUUUCUUCUUAAAUCCAAAAGUGAUUAUUUAACUAAGCCGAAAAAAGCCGAUAAGAAAAUGGAUUCAAAAAAAGACUGUUCAAAGUCUAUUACGAAAUGUGCAACACCAAAACAGUCAGAAAAAUGUGAUCAGUUAGUCAAAGAGUUUCUUCUUAAAUCAAAAGGUGAGAAAAAAACAGAAGCAAAAGUGGAUCCCAAAAAGGAUUGUUCACGACCUAAAACAGAAUCUUCAAAAACUAAUCAACCAAAGAAUUGUGAUGACUUAGUCAAAGAGUUUCUUCGUAAAUCAAAAGACUUAGGUGAUUUUUCAUCUAAGCGGAAAACAAACCAGAAGAAAAAUGAUUCCAAAAAGGAUUGUUCAAAAUCUAAACAGAAAUGUGCAACACCAAAACAAUCAGAAAAAUGUGAUCAGUUGGUCAAGGAGUUUCUUCUCAAAUCGAGAGGUGGAUCUAAGUCAGGUAAACACUCUGGAGCGCCUGCUACUCCUGCAUGUUCGGGGAAAUCCAAUAAUAGCCCACCUUCGUCUAGUGUUAAACCUAGUCCUGUUAAAGCAGCAUCAUCGCCUUCUGUCAAUUUAAACAGAUAUCAUCUGCCCAAAUCACCUAAUGCCGAUUCAACGAAGCUGACUAAACAAAAGGAUGAAAAUAGUUCAAUAGACCUAUCCAACCCAUCUACAAUUCUGGAUUUGACAAACGCAGUCAAUAAAGCUAGGGAAAUGUUACCUCUACAAAAAAUAUCCGAACCAAAAAAAUCUAACGCCAGACCUAGUAUAGCUUACCAUGCGAAAAAUACUCCAAAAACUACUGAUAAACACACAACAAGUGCAUCUGAACUUACGAAACGUACAGAUGAAGAAGAUCAUUUAUAUAAUAAAUAUCAAAAAUUAACUCUUGAUAUUUUCCAUCCAUUUACGAUUGAAGAUCAAACAAAAGAUACCAAAAUAGGAAAAACUAAGAGCACCGUUCCAUAUACAAGUAAAUUUGAUACACUAAACAAGGAAACUCUAAAAAAUCAGAUCGAUAACACGACUAAUAAAAUAAAAACCCCAUUACCUUUAAAAUCCCAAAGAUCCAAGUCUACUCCUUCAUUAACUAUUAGCGCUAGUAGUCACCCACAACAUAAACAACAAAUAAACGAUCAUCCUAUAUUUGAAUCUGAACGAUGUAAAGAGAAUGAGACCAGUUGUUUGCCUAUUUUUAAGGAAAUUGAAAACAUCAAAGAAAAAACACCCAAAAGGUUUUCUAUAAGUACACUUAAACCUAGAGUAUUUGAUCUUAUAGAUGACAAAGAUAUGUUUGUUUGCAAAAUACAAAAACUCUCUGAACCAUCAGGAAAAGUUUUAAGAACUUUGCAGUGCAAACUUAUCAAAGAUGAGUACGGUAGAGAUGUUUUUGUUUGUAAUGAUGUGACCGAUGUAUCAGAUGAAAAUGGAAAUGUGAAAAAACCAUAAGAAAAUAAUAUUCAUUCUUCAAACUGAUAUGUUACAUUACAGAAUUCUUCAAGUGUCUGGCACAUUAUUAAUGAUUAUUAAUUAGAUGAAGAAGUAUUUUUCAUGAUUAUAAAAUGUAGAGGAGAGUUAGAAGUUUUAAGUCAAGAUUAGAGUUUGAAGUCAUGGUUUGCUUUUGAAUGAAGUCUCUGGUACUAUCAGUGUAGACUGCAGUAAUAGUUUUGUUUAUUUACACUUGUGUCUUUUGAUAUCGUUGCUACCGUCAAAUUUUAAAAUAUUUUAGGUUUUGUUGAUAUUUGUAAAAAUAAGUUCUAAAAAAAUUUAAAAAAAUAAAAAAUAUAAAAAUAAGGUUUACUUACGAGUCCGACAAACCUUGUAACACUUUUUAAAUAAAAUGGAUCAUACUUU